AUGCGAGACUAUGCAUCAUUCUAUUCGGAGCGUGACACUGGCGGACGUAGAGAUCUGUACCAUCCAGGGAAUGAUUGGAAGAAUCCAGCUGUCUUGUUAGCUGUAGGAAUCAUGCAGGGAACAUUAGACGGCGUGAUGCUUGGACUAACGGUGCAAACAUUCGAGGAUGCGAGAGUCCGCGCGCGUCGUUUCAAUCGCCUGAAGUGGCCGUUGAACAUGAUUGUACGUCCAAGAGACUUUACUAUCCUGUCGGCGUCAGGAAUCCUCACACGUGCUAAUGGAGAACGAAUUGGAUGUAUCAUGGUGCAGCCUGCCCAACUACCACAGCUUAUAGAGCUUCCUAAGCCCAUGACGCGAGGAAAGUUAAUGUAUGGGGCCUUGUUUAAAGAGCAGCAGGAUAGAACAGUGGAUGUUUAUAUUCAGAUAUACGUGGAAACGAUGGGUCAUGUCUUGAAUACGAUCGUGAUGAAUGCAAUGUGGGUUUCAAUGCUUGGAUUUUGGGGGGCUUCUAAACUAGCAGCUGAAAAGAAAUUGCAGUGGUGUAUUCUCAAUAGGAUAAAGGAUCCGACUAAUAUACGCAGACGACUGGAAUGGAAUAAUUUCUGUGGCAUUUGCAAAAAGUUGGGAAGAUACGGUCGCGGACAAAGCGGUCGGUCAAGCUCUAACCACACGUGCGCAAUUUGUGAUGUUUCUCUUUGCUCAAAUUGCCGUGUCAAACGCUCUUUGAAGGCUCUUACUCGUCGAAGGAAGGGUUCUCCGACAAGAAAUGUUCAAGUGGUAUUGUAUGUGCCAUGCCUGGACAUAGUCAGUCAAACUCGCGCAACAAAAGUCGCGUGGCACCAACACCAAAUACGCUUAAUGCAGUCUUCUAUUGCAACUACUGAUAGAGAGCGCUCAACCUGGGGCCUUCUGGACGAUGCAGACACUCCGCCGUUGUCACCAGGACACUACUUUUCAAUAACCGAGUCCUCAUUUAGUUUCUUGGAAGGUGAAGACAGAAAUAGCAUGUACGUUUUUUAA